AUGCCCUGGCACGCAGUGCCCUUUGAUGACUCAGAGGGCCGUGCCCGCCUACGUUCCUUGUAUAGGCGGUUCAGGGUUUCUUCUUUACCCCAUAUUGUGCUGUUAGAGGACAAUGGGAGGGUGCUUAACCCUCAAGCUUACUCUUCUAUGCUCGCCGACCCUUUGGGCUUUCCUUGGCCUAAGAAGGACCCACUGCAACUUCUUGGGGACAAACUCAUCGACAACAAAGGAGAAGCUGUGGACCCUUCCUCCUUAGCCGGUAAGACGGUUGGCAUAUACUUCAGCGCCUCUUGGUGUGGGCCGUGUCGGAAUUUCACACCUAAGUUGUCAGAAACCGUGAAGAAGCUGAGAGAAAGAGGGGAACCGGUGGAGGUGGUUUUCGUCUCGAAUGACAGAGACGAAGAAUCAUUCAAAAAUUAUUUCAGUAAAAUGGAUUGGCUUGCCGUGCCAUUCAGUCGAACCGCCACAAGAGCGCUAGCGCAAGAUGCUUUGGGGGUUCGUUCUUUGCCGACACUGAUUUGGGUGUCGCCAAGGGGAGAAAUUUUGACGCGUCGAGGUGUUUCUGCAAUUUUGCGGGACGGAGAGGGAGCACAGUUCCCCUGGAAGGAAAAACCCGUCAGGGAUAUAGACGAGGCUCUAGAGAUUGUGGCGGAAGAACCAGUUGUUCUUGCUUUCCUCGACUUAGCUGACGAAGAAACUCAACGCGAGACGCUGAAAGUGCUGGAAGAAGUUGCGGUGUCUCUGAAAGCGACGGAGACAGGAACUUCGGUGGGCCCCGUUCCUCAAUUCCUCACAGCCAAGGGCUCCUCUCCCAGGACUUCGGCGCUACGUCACAUUUGUAAAGAAGGCCUCUCGCCAUCUUCCUACGCAAAAUCUAAAGUUUCUCUGCUGAUCCUUGAUAUCUAUAGCCAAAAGGUGUACGCCUUCCCCCAUGGCAAUCGAGAAGUCACAAAAGAGAACGUUUUGGAGUUCGUAACUAAGUUCAGGAACGACGAAUUGGAGGGGAAGCCCAUAACUUUGCCGGAAACCCGAAGGGCCUCUUAUGAUGUCUCCUAUGGUGCGCCUCCAAUGGCCCCCGGGGGAGUCCCCAGGGGACCCCUGCAUCACGUGCAAGAGGCUGUAGAAUACUACAAAGCCCACCCUUCAUUUGCUUUUCUUCAUCUGCUCGCGCCUAGUAGACAGGGAGAGGGCGCCAGACAGAGAAAGGAGACACAUUGUCUCUUACCUGCUCUAGUUCCUUUGUCAUGGUAUGCUUGUAAGCUUGCUGUGGGAAUUAGGGUCCCGUCUCUCCAAGGCCGUCGGGCGUGA